CGGAAACAGAAAAAAACAUCGAAUUCCAUGGCAAUUUACCUAAAGAACCUCUACACGAGGCUGCCUUUCACCAUCGUUGACUGAACAGUGUUGUCCACGAGUUAUAUUAAUCUAGAGAACGAGUCGUGCACCACCGAAGUUGCACAAGUUGUGUGUUGCCUCUUGCCAGUUGUAAUGUCAGUCGGUGCCACACAGUGCUGCUAAUGAUUGCACAACAUUAGCUAGCACCAUCAGAGACUCUUGCUGGCAAUAUCAGUGGAGGAAUCAGUAUGGAUGCGCUCUUGGUGUUCCUACUGCUGCUGGUCCCACUCUUGCUAUGGACCAGCAGCACUUUUGUUUUUUAUUUUAAAAAGUGUUUCUACGUGGCCUAUAUGAUGAUUUUGGCUGCGAUUGCGAUUCUGCUUAGUAUUCUGAAAAGCGGCGGCAGGGACAUCGAAAACAUGAGGGUGAUCCGUGCUUUGGUUCGUCACGUGAAGUACUUCCUGGGUCUGAGGUUUGACGUGAGCGGCUUGGAACACCUGCAAACAGAGGGACCCUACGUCAUCAUCUCCAAUCACCAGAGCUCCCUGGACGUACUGGGUCUAAUGGAGGUCCUCCCAGAUCGCUGCACCAUGGUUGCCAAGAAGGAGCUGGUGUACGCUGGCACUGUGGGCAUCGUGUGCUGGCUGGGCGGCAUCGUCUUCAUCAACCGCAAGAAGACACGAGACGCCAAGAGUGUCAUGGCCGAAGCUGCCAAGACCAUGCUGGAUGACCAGAUCCGUCUGUGGGUGUUCCCGGAGGGUACACGGAACCAGAGGGGCGACCUGUUGCCCUUCAAGAAGGGAGCCUUCCACCUGGCAGUGCAAGCGCAAGCUCCUAUCAUUCCCAUCGUGUUCUCCUCCUACAGUAACUUCUAUCUACGGAAAGAAAAGCAGUUCAACUCGGGGACCAUCACACUGAAGAUCCUUCCGAAGAUUGAGACGAAGGGCAUGACGUCAGACAACGUGGCCGACCUCUCCAACAAGUCCUACGACCUCAUGCGCUCCGUCUUCCUAGACAUCUCUGGCUCUGCCCCCGUAACCCAGAGCAACGGGCCCUCCUUGUGCCACUAAACAUGAACAACCUCCCUCCUCAUUUUCCUGUCCAAGACACCAAACCCCCCCCCCCCCCUUCUCUCCCCUCCACAUCGUCCCAGCUACCUACCUACCUACCUACCUACCUACCUACCUACCCACAAAUUAAGUCAAAUAUAUUGGCACCCUCGCACUUUACAAUGGCGCAGAAUGUUCUGUUUUCUCUUUUCAAAACUGGUUGAAUGGGUAUGUCUUACCCUUAAGGCACCUGCAACUUACCACGGGUGAGAGAAAUGACACCGUAAACAAGAUAAUUGCUUCCAACCAAAUUAAUUUUGUAUAAUUUAGUCCAGGCUAUCUUUUUUUACUUUGAAAUGAACAAUCUCAAUUUUAGAAGAAAAAAUGUAUUGGUCCUGUGCAGUUGUAAAUAAAACAAAUUCAUGUGUGUACACCAAAUGUUUUUUAAAUGUCAACUUAUCUUAAACAUAGUGAAUCAUGCAAGGGUGCCAAUAUAUUUUUUAAAUGUCAACUUAUCUUAAAAAACAUAGUGAAUCAUGCAAGGGUGCCAAUAUAUUUGAGUGUAUCUCUACCAGGACAGAACGCACACACCAGGUCUACGUCAUGAACUCUUCUCUGCUUUCUGAUGUGUUGGCCUGGUCCAGUUUGGUUCUGGUUGGUUCCUGGUCUGGCCUGGCCCAGUACAUUCCAGCCCUGACCGCUCACUGCAGCAGGUUAGAACAGCAGGGAUGUGAUGUGGUUCAUCAUGCAUUCCUUUUGGAUUACUCUGUUGUCCAGCUUUUUGUUUUGUUUAUCUGUUUUUAAGUGGCUUCAUGGUUGUCUGAUUUUAUGGCAGUAGUUGUGCUUUCGCUAUUUUCCCUCUCCCUUCCUUCGGCUUGACUUUAGAUUUUCGUAAAUGUCGCCAGUGGAUAUUUAUAGCUUUUUCUGGUGCUGCCUAACCUCUUUUCUUAAUGCGCUCUCAGACAAUCGCAACACACAACCACCCUGCUUUAACAUGCACACACAACAGUUCCCGCUGCUCAACACCACAUCCCACCCAACCCCAGUGUAUCAUCCCCUGUUCUGCAUUCCAGCCUAUUGUCUCUGUGAAGAACAGGGGGUCUGGAGGGGAGGUGGAGGGCAACAGAGGAGCGAGAUGAGAUCAACAGUAGUUGACUUAGGAACUUGUUCCUUAUCUGUGUCUCAGUGGAAUCCACUCUAUAUUGUUACUUACUUACAUACUGACCACACUGGCAUCUCAACCACCUUAUCACAAUAGCUCAAUGAUAUACUGUACCAUGCUUGAUGUACUGUACCAUGAUAUAAUGUACCACGCCAAACAAGGUAUACAACGAAGACAAGAACCAUCCUCCGUGAAUUCAUGGACUUUACUGGACUUAUCCGUUUCCAAAUGUGCAUUUUUGGUUUACUACACAGAUUUUCUUCAUUCUUAUUUUCUAUCCGCCUAAGAAAUAACCUGCAUGUAACAUUGAGCAAAGUGUUCUAUAUUUCUCUUUAUUUAUAUCUACAUCAUAUGGUCUUGUGUUAAUUUGAUUUGUGUCUUAAAGGUCUGUUCUUUGUGCAUGGAGAACCUAUUUAAGAUGUAUAAAAGGUGAUUUUAUGAAGUGCAAUGUCCAACUGUUCAAUCUAAACUGCUCCAAAGUGUAAGAGUUCUAGGAUGUAUUCAUUACAUCUGGCAACGGAAACUGUUUUAAGAGCCAAACAAAGCAAAUGGAGCAAACUGAAUGAAACGGAGGGACUUACUUGAACUCUGGUUUUGUUGGAAAAAGUGUGCUAGUGCUUUAAAAGUAACACUUUGGGAAGUGAUCUAGAUGUAACACGGGUACACGAGUAACAUGUAUUUAUUACCUAAGUCUUGUGCAUUCUUUGCUUGGCCAAAUGUUCCUUAUUGUUACAUGGCAACUAUACUGAACAAAAAUAUAAAAGCAACAUGCAACAAUUUUAAAGAUUUUACUGAAUUACAGUUCAUAGAAGGAAAUCAGGAAAUAAGUUCUGUAGACACUAAUUUAUGGCUUUCACAUGACUGGGCAGGGGCACAUGGGUGGGCCUGGGAGGGCAUCGGCCCCCCCACUUGGACGCAAGGCCCAGUCAGUCAGAAUGAGUUUUUCCCCACAAAAGGGCUUUAUUACGGACAGAAAUACUCAUCAGCACCCCUGCCUCCAGACGAUCAUGCAGGUGAGGAAGCCAGAUGUGGAUGGCCUGAGCUGUUGUGGUUACACACAGUCUGCAGUUGUGAGCCAGUUGUACGUACUGCCAAAUUCUCUAAAUUGACACUGGAGGUGGCUUACGGUAGAUAAAUUAACAUUAAAUUCUCAGGCAAGAGCCCUGUUGGAUGUUCUUGCAGUCAGCAUGCUAAUAGCAUGUUUCCUAAUUUUGACAGAUCUGUGGUAACGUGUUGUGACAACUGCACAUUUUAGAGUGGCCCUUUAUUGUCCCCAGCACAAGGUGUACUGUGUAAUGAUCACGCUGUUUAAUUAGCUUAUUGAUAUGCCACCUGUCAUGUGUAUAAAUUACCGUGACAAUUUAGAAAUGCCCACUAAUAGGAUGUAAACAAAUUUGUGCUCAAAAUUUGAGAGACAAGCUUUUUGUGCCAAUGGAACAUUUCUGGGAUAUUUCAAUUCAUGACACAUGGGACCCAACACUUUGCAUGUUACAUUUAUAUUUUUGUUCAGUGUAGAAGGGCUGCUGUCAGAGUGGUUUCCUUAGCUUUAUACUUGAUAAACUGGUGCUUUUCCUAUUAAUGGGGAAGAGGAGGGAUACACGCAUAGUCAUUACAUACUGUGGUUUUCUGACCAAUUAUGAUACCCAAAACAGAACUGAGAAUAUUACAUUUGAUGUUUUUAAUCGAUGGAUGGUGUAUGAUAUGUACAACUCUGACUGCGGGGGAAAGGCGCGGUCUAUUUUUAAAGGAAGCGAGGAAUUGGCUGAAUAUUUUUGGCCUUGUAUUCAAGGUAGUAAUAAUCAAAGUUGGGAUUGUGAAGUUUGUAAACUUGUGAGAGGUUUUAUAUUCCGUAAUUAAUAGACAGAUGACUGGAAUGACUGAAAUACUUUUAAUGUAUGGCAACGCAGCUUCUUAUUAUAAUUUGUAUCCAGAUCUUGACAUUUUUUAUAUUCACUGCCUUUACAUUAGUGGGCUAAAAUGAUGUCGCUUGAAGCUUUUUGCCUGUCAAAAACACCAGUCUGAGAAUGUAUUUCAGGAUUAUUUGUGUACUACUUAUUGCAUUUAACUCUUUAUUUUUCAAUUUAAAAAAACUAAGUAUAACUUAUUUCAAUGGAAUGUUGUUUUGCAUACAGUUGGUUUCUGACACGAAGAAAUGUCAAUGAUUAAUUGUUUUUAUUUUAAAUUAAGGUAAAGUAAUUGAAAACUUAAUUUAAUCUCCAGCAUUUUUCUUUGUUGUGCACCCAAACUUCCUGAGGUACAGGGUUGAGGGUCAAUCAAUUUAAAUUCAGUCAAUCCAAAAAACAUCUACUUCAAUUAUCCUCAGUGCUUCUCUGAAACAUGUUUAAUUAGAAUUUCAGUUUACUUCCUGAAUUGACUGAGUUGAUUAACUCCAACCCUGUUGAGCCGCUCAUGCUGUAGAAGUGAAAUCAUCUAUGCUUUGUCUGGUAAUAACCCUGUAUACGAGGCCUCUUCAUAGUCGAUUGGCUACAGUAGCUUUACCUGCUGGGCUUUUGGCUUACUUGGUUCUGAGGAGUAAAUCAACUCAAGGCCCGGGCUUUCCUCAUCUGUAUGUUCUUGAAGGCCAGUACCACCAUGUAAGGAAUAUCAGUCUGAAUACAUCAAAUAAAUCUGUGACUUUAAUUUAUGUUAAUAGAAGUAUAUAUGAACAAUAGUAAGCCUUUCAUGGUUUUUGUUAUCUUAAUGCAGUGGUGUCUUUUAAAAAAAUCUUACAACAGAGGUUUGAAUGUUCAUCAAAGAUGCUACCAAAUUGGUUUCAACCAAAUGUAUACUGUCAUUGAUUUUUAGACAAUGGUCAAUAGUUCGCCUAUUAAUCUUUUUAUGAUUAUUUUCAUGGUGUUUUGUAGCUUAACUUUCUAGUGUGUCAGCUAAAAGCGUCAUUGACUCAUGACGAUCAUAUGUUAACUCAACAGGCUCUGCAGCACUACUUUGGAGAGCCUGGUUGGUUGAUCUGGCUGUUGUUUACAAAAUGAUAUAUAAGAUAUUGGAGAAAGAUUUAAAGUAUUCUAAAUAUGAAUAAAGCACUUUUCAUGUUGA